AUUCAUCAAUUGCAUCCAAUCCGAAGUCAGUCCUCUCMAUUGCUGUUAUAAUCUUGAAACAAGAAGUCAAUACGGCAACCAUGUCACGAGGUUUCCUUUUCACCAUCCUUUACUUUGCCAGUGUCAUCCCUUCCGUGUUGGGUUCGGCUAAGUUGGUUCCAAAGACAUCGACGGCUUCUUGUACCGGGCACCUGAGCGACCUCAUAGUAACAUCGAUAACAUGCGAUCAUUCAAAUAGUGGGUGCACGUACGGUUCUGAAGUUUUYGUAACUGGACAAGGUAUGACGACACGAUGGGGAGUCGGUCUAGUUUUCGCUUUUUUUCUCUCAUUUAUCUUUCCGAUACUCACACCAAGCUUCUCGUUCGAAUGAUGUCAUGUAGUUACUUCGAAUGCCGACCUUCCACGUCCGUUAAAAAUCUCCGUAUCUAGAACGUUUCCCUCGAUUUACGGCAUCGGAACUCAAGUUUCCAGUAGCGAAGUGUAUGAUCUCUGUAGUUCGGAUGCGAUCAGUCUUGUCGAUGAUAAUAGCGGCAGCAGUUGCCCAGKUGCAGGUGUGUACAACUUCAACUUCCUUUUUGACAAUUUCGGUACCUCYAAAUCGUGGUACGCUGGAUGGCAUGGAUUCAGCAUGGGUAUGGCGGUUCAUUUGAAACACGAAGGUGGCGGUAGUGACUUCGCAACGUGCACACUCAACGUCAGUGUUGAGGGAAGCGACGAAACCAGUUACGCCACCAACGCAACUCUCGUGAGUUUCGCAACACUAGGCUUAGCAGGAUUAUGCGUGGGUAUGUUUUCGAAGAAACGAAAGGAACGCUUGUUCAAGUGCGGUGAGARCAUCGAAGAUGAGAGAACAAAAGAACUUGCCACAAACUUUGAGCUCGUCCGUGACUCUACAGGUGCCAUGGUUUAAGCCCAGUAGUUCCGGAAGCUCUUUACCACAAGAUCUUCUUUUAUGUUCCAAAUGCUACAUGUCCAAAACAUCAGGAGUUUGAAAAAAAUCAUUUUACACUAUCAAAAAUUCAAUUCGAAUGUACAAUAUAACAAACAGUUUGAU